CUCGCAGUUCUAAAGAAACGAAGUUUAAAAGAGAAGAAAAGAAGUUUAAAGUUUAAAGAAAAGGCAGAUUUGUCUGACAAAAGGACUGAGGAAGCCCGUCAGGCGAGAGGCGCCAUGAGCGACCUGUGGGGGUUGUGUCGGCGCUGCGGGGGGAGCCCGCGCCAGCUGCUCCUUGUGAGGUGACGGAGCGCUCGGCAGCUGCGGGCGCUGAUGGUUUGCGGCUUCAGCAGCUGAAGGAGGAUGGUGUCACAGUCAAAAUGUAGAUUGGACUGAAAAAAAGAUGUUUGGACAACAUGAAACACAGAGAGCACAGAGUUUCCAUCAUCAGUCCCAAAGCUUGCCGCAGUGUCCGUAGCAAUGUAAUAUGUCUGAUGCUCUCGCAAAUGCAGUAUGUGAACGCUGCCAGACUCGAUUUGAUCCUGCAGAGAGGAUUGUGAACAGCAAUGGGGAGCUCUAUCAUGAAAACUGCUUUGUCUGUGCUCAGUGUUUUCGCCAGUUCCCAGAUGGACUUUUUUAUGAGUUUGAAGGCCGGAAGUACUGUGAGCAUGACUUUCAGAUGCUGUUUGCUCCUUGCUGCGGGGAAUGUGGUGAGUUCAUCAUUGGGCGUGUUAUCAAGGCAAUGAACAAUAACUGGCACCCAGAAUGUUUCCGCUGUGAGCUCUGUGAUGUAGUACUUGCUGACCUGGGAUUUGUGAAGAAUGCGGGCAGGCAUCUGUGCCGGCCAUGCCAUAACCGUGAAAAAGCUAAGGGACUGGGCAAGUACAUUUGUCAGAAGUGCCACCUGAUAAUUGAUGAGCAGCCUCUGAUGUUUAGGAAUGAUUCCUACCAUCCUGAUCACUUCAACUGCACCCACUGUGGGAAGGAGCUGACUGCUGAGGCCCGGGAGCUGAAGGGAGAGCUGUACUGCCUGCCCUGCCACGACAAGAUGGGAAUCCCCAUCUGUGGAGCUUGUCGCAGGCCCAUUGAGGGACGAGUCGUCAACGCUCUGGGAAAGCAAUGGCAUGUUGAGCAUUUUGUUUGUGCCAAAUGUGAGAAGCCUUUCUUGGGGCACCGACACUAUGAGAAAAAAGGACUGGCUUAUUGUGAAACUCACUAUAACCAGCUCUUUGGAGAUGUCUGCUACAACUGCAGCCACGUGAUAGAGGGCGAUGUGGUAUCAGCUCUUAACAAAGCCUGGUGUGUGAAUUGCUUCUCGUGCUCCACCUGCAACAUCAAGCUUACACUGAAGAAUAAGUUUGUGGAGUUUGACAUGAAGCCUGUAUGCAAGAAGUGCUAUGAGAAAUUCCCCCUGGAGCUGAAGAAACGCCUGAAGAAGUUGUCAGAGCUGGCAUCCAAGAAGGCACAUCCCAAAGCUCUGGAUUUAAACUCUGCUUGAACAGGUCUGUCAGUCUAGUGACUGCACUCGUACAGGCAUAAGCUGCUUCUUACAGCAGCUGUUGAUUACAGAGGCAAUUACUAAGAACAGGCGAAACCAAAGCUAAGUAGUACCUUCCCCUGCUUCUGCUAAUGCAGCUUGCAUCUUGACUAUCCCUUUUCUCAAGCAAUUGUCUAUUAACACUGGCAGAAAGAGGAAUAUGAUUUCUGCUUGAGCAGUUUACAGGCUGCUUAUUAGUGUACUAAUAACAACUAAUUCUGCCUCUGUGCAGUUGUACACAGUCUUUCCUUCCUCAGUUAAACUGUGGUUCUCUCUCCAUUCCUCUGUAACCUAAGGAAUCUGAAAACAGUGGUUGAGUGUAGGGGUGGAAAAAAUGCUCUUCAGUUAAAGUAUAAAAAUUUCUCUUCGUACCAUGGGUGAAGACAAUUUUAUUUUUUCUAAUAUUCUGAAAGCUGUCACUGUGCUACAUUCAAAAUGUUAUGGUCUUUCUCCACAUUCCUACUGAUCAUAUACACAGUCCUUCUGGUUUGUAGGUUUAUUGGGUGAACCCAGGAACCAAUAGUUACAGCAUCUGCACUGCCCCCUUCUCUGCCUUAUGUCCAAUGUUAAGACAGCUGAAGAAGUUUGCUUUGCUGUUCUCCAUUCAGUGCUAAGGAGAUUUCAAUUGGCAAGGCCAUGUCAGCCUCUUCAGAAUAGUUGGGCUCUCCUUAAGGAGGAGGUGGCUAUGGGAAAUGAAAGAUUUUGGUAGAAACCAACUCUACAAUUUUCUCCAGUUUGUUCUCUGCUACUACAUGGGUACUAAAUCAUCUAGAGGUCAGCACAAAGCAGGUCCUGUCCAGUGCCAUAACUGACAUUCCUUUAGGAAAUGUGGCUGGAGCCUUGGUUAUUUUUUUGCAUUAUGAAAUCAAAUUGAUAAUAUGGCACCAAUUUAAGCAUUUCAGUCUCCCCAUCCUUCUCACUUUUUUUGAAAGAAGGGUAUAUGCUUGUUGGUCAUGCUCCAGAAAACCCAGUUACAUGAGGGUGUUUCUCGUAUUUACGGUUUGUAGCAAAUGUAAACUUAUGCAGAAAAAAAACAGGAAGUAUUUUUCUUAAUGUUUUCACCUAAAUAAGAGUUUCCCAUGACCUUUCUUCUUGAGACCUGAGUGUGCUUAAAGAGAGAACCUCAGAGAUUAAUCUGUAUAGCUUAAGCAUAUAGUUCUGCUCUGUAGUUUUGCCUGUCACUGAUGCAGUGUCACUGGUCCAAUUGCCUUUGCCAUCACAACCCAAGGUGCUGAGAAAUUUACUGGGUUUGAACAUUCUCUAUUUUUUUUAAGGGCAACAUAGCUGGAAAGUGUACCUGCCCUUUAUGCAAGGCAGACAGGACAAAAGGCACUGGGAGACUGCUGUCCCUUACAUCAUUUAAAUCUUCUAAGAAGUGGCUAAUUUAGUAGGUCAAGUGAACACAGCAGCUGGGCCCACACUCCUCCGUGUAGCCCCAGGUGAGCUAGUUAGCAAGAAGCUAAAGCCUCCUCACUUUUUGUGUGUGUGAGCAGUGGCUGGAUUGGAACAAUAAUCUACCUUACAAUUGUCUUCACUGCCAUUGCCCUCUGCUCAGAGCAGAUCUAAGCACGAUAGUAGCUAAAGCAUUGAUGGCUGUUAGCAUACCUGCUCUAGCUACUGCCCAUGAGACCCCACCACUGAGAGCACAGCAGUGCUGGGAAAUGUCCUGGUUAACUGUGUGCAGAGAAGAAUCUUGUAUGCAAGACCAUCUCUUAGAUACUGGCUUUACUAAUUGAGUUUCCUUCAGCUGCUUUGCUUUUUGUUGCUGUACGUUACCAUAGACUUUUAACUGGGCUAUUCUGCAUCCACUUUAACGUUGAUGAGGAGACGAGCCUUAAUUUUAACAGUAGAACUCUUCCAUCCUCUUCUGACCAAUAUGCACUGUAAAUUACAGUAACAGUGGCUGCUUUUGUCACUGCUUUAGGACAACGUGUGGCUAGUCACUGUCCUCUCACCAGCCUUCAAAUGGCCUUUUAGUUACGGGCACAAAGAGCAGUAUGACUUUUGGUGCAGUAUUAUGUGGCCACUGCAAAGACUGGUCCUAUAAACCUAUUCUUUGGCAUUUUUUUAAUAGCAUAAAACACAAGAACUACUGAUCUAGGUGCAGUUCAGUAUGUUAUGCAAAUUCUUCUCAGCAUAAAGCAUUCAGGUCUGUUCCUAUAAUCUCAGGCACAGGCCACAUCUAAUGCUAAAUCUGAGCAGCUGUGUUUCUUCAGCCUCCUGGGAAGAUGCUGGAGGAACACGCAGCCACAUUGCUCCUGGUAAUAUGGGAAGCCUGUGUGACUAGCGGGCAAUGAGUGAUAUUCUUUCAGUGGCCACUCUCACGUUCAGCAAUGGAAAAUGCAUGUAUGGAGAGGUGAAUAGAAUUACUUUUGUACUGCAAGCAGAGAUUUAGUGUGUUGUGCUCUCACUUUGUCUCAUGCUAGAAAUUCAGCAGACCUAGUAAGCUUCAGUAUUCAAAGGACAGUUGAUACCAUUCUCUUUGGUAAGUUCUGUAGGAUUUGAAUUCCGUCCUUAUCUCUUAAAUUAUUAAUUUUUUACAAUUAUUUUUCUUAUGUUCCUGCUGCCCAUAGCCUGCAGUGUGCAGAGUUACAGUAGUGAAUAUUACUGACAUGCUGUUGGUGGGACAGCCGAACUGAAGGAGUAGGAGAAAUAACUAUAAAUAGUUUAAAUAAACGCAUCUUCCUCUACUUCUUCGUGUUCACUCUUUAAAAACUAAGUAGAGUAUAAUGCGGACUUAUGGAUUCUCCUUAGUGUGGUGAUAGGCUGACUGGUUGGUUGGUUGUUGUUUCUUUAUAGAUAAAGUCAAGGUCUCAGUCAGAAAUAAACUGCAUGCUUUUUUCCAUUGCUGUAAACAGACUUGUUGGCCAAAUUCAUCCUAGGUAUCACACCACUGGAGAGUAUAGAUUUAUAUCAAGGUUGAACUUGGCUCAGAAGUCUACACUUACCAAAAGCUGUUGUCUCUUUAUAUACAUUUAUAGUUUACAUUCAUAUUUAUACAUACCAAAUUAAAAUCAUUAAUAUUCACUGAGUACACUUGAAAAUGGUUUUGCUUUUAGAAACCACAGUUUGUGCAGCUUGUUUGUAUUCAAAGGGUAUGUUAAUCACUUACAAUCUUUCUUUAUGGCGACCUAAUCUGCUGUCUAAGGUUUGCAUCCUGGUCUUUAUUUUUGCAGCAGUCUGUGCGAUAGUGGCAAAUAUUGUUCAACCUUCUGUCCAGAGAGUUUCUAGAUGUUGCAUGUUUUGUAUUAGAUGAAGUGACUGACACUUUUCUGAAAAGUGGUUGGAUGGUGAAGGGAUAGAUUGGAGGCAGGCGUAAUAAAUGUGGUUGUACUAGUCUGUAAAGCACUUUAAGUGCUGAGGAUGGUCUGGACUGAGUAGAAGAAUUAGCAGCUACUUGCCUUGGUUCAGGCCUUGAUGAGCACUGUGGAUUCUGCACGGUGUGGAGCUCUCAUCACACAUUGCUUGUGCUGUCUAAGCAAGAUGUGAUUGUGGAUUGAAAUGUUGUAAUACUGUGCCUUUUUAUGUUCCUUUAAUAAAGUUAACUAUAAUACA